GCACCGCCGGGCCACAUGCGGGCUUCAAGACGUGCAAGACUUAACAAAAUGGCAAAGAAUAAAGCAGCCAAAGAGGUCCUUACUUAUUUAUUGGGGGUAUGUGUACCAACAGCUAAAGAAAAUGCAGCUAAAAUACGUAUACGUAAAUUGGAAUUUGAUAAUCACCUCUUAAUGUAUUUUGGCAAACACGAAUUUGUUUACGCCACUGAUCCGAAUAAAAUUAGCAAAAUUGGUGACACAGUUUUAAUACAAAAUUUACCAGAAAGAUUAACACGUCUUAUUACUCAUAAGAUUGUUGAUGUGGUUUAUCCAUUGGGAGAUAUGACAGAUCCCAUAACUGGUAAAAAAGUAGUUGCAGGAAAAUAUAGGGAUGACAUAGAACAAGAUACCGAAUUAUUUGGUAAAUUAGACUCCACAUUUGAAUACGAUAAAGCGCCACAAAGAGGAUCGAUGGAAGGCAAAAGAGACUUUUCGAACAAAAAGACUUAUGUUAAAUAUAAUGAUGAUCCAAAUAACGAUGAUCCAUACGCAGUAAAUCCAUUCUAAUCCAUUUAUAUUAGGUUUAGUGUCUAAUAAAUAAAAGUUGUCUGUUACAAAAGAUAA